UUAAUGCAAAUAAUUUUAUUAAUGAAUUAGAAUUAAAAGAUGAAAGAAGGGGAUUCCAUCUAGCCGUGUGUCGAAAUGUGACAUCAUCAAACACGUUACAAGCACUAGAGAAACAACUGAAACUUUAUGAAUCUCGUGAUAAAUGGGAGAAUUUAAGAAAUUUAAAGGCACCAGAAUAUAAUAAUGGUCUUUCAUAUGAAAAGGAAGAUUGGAAAGAUUUUGUAUUGGGCAGAACUCUUGACGCUUUUGAAUCCGAGUAUAACCCUAUACAGCAAAUUGAUUGCGGGAAAAAGGGAAUGGUUCGGAGAUUACACAAUUCCAAUAUUUCAAAGAGCUCUGAAAUUGAACACUUUCUGUCAUAG